GGGGGACGAACACUAAUAUAAAUAUUUUUUAUUUUUCUGGGUCAGAUGUAACAAUAUCUCGCGAAUUCGCUCACUAAUUGAGCAGGAUUAAUCGUAAAUAAUGAGGAUAUGGGUCGGGUGUUGAGUCGCUAAUUAAAUCGAAGGACUAGUGAAUUAAUCGAAUUAAGAGAGGAUUAGCCUAGACAUCGGUGAGCCAACCUCUGCGUAUCUGGGUUGUAAUCAUGAAUCUGCAGACACUCUUCCAAGACUUCAAUCCGAGUAAAUUUCUAGUGCACACAUGUCUCAUGAUAUUCACCAUUCUCUUCGCCCUUCGUCUCGACGGAUACAUCGAGUGGAGUUACUGGUCGAUAUUCAGCCCAAUAUGGUUUUGGAAGGGCAUGGUGAUUCUGGGGGCCACUGUGGGAAGUUACGUGUGGCUGAAACAUCCACACGCCAGGCUCGAGGGCGAUGCAUAUGUCCACUACAAGGCCAUGCUGAUUACAUUGGCUCUACAUCUCAUUCUACUCAUGUUCGAACUUUUGGUGUGCGAUAAACUCGAGUCCGAGAGACACCUGUGGAUACUUGUAUUCAUACCUUUGAUUUUCAUAUCAAUCGUCUCUAUUGCUGUCUGCAUUUGGGCUGUGAAACACGAUCGUUCCUUCGAGCUAGAGCUCUUCUGCGCGGUCAAUGUUCUCCAAUUCAUCUUCCUCGCCCUUCGCCUGGACGGUUUCAUAGGCUGGAGUUGGGAGGUGGUAUUUGUACCGCUCUGGGCUCUCCUCUGUCUCUCCCUCGUUGCUGUGCUCUACACCAUUGUCUUCGCAGCAGUUCUCCUCAGGGCACCCCAGGUCAAUGCUCGAGUCAGGAGGACAUCUCUGAAUUCAGCUCUGGCUUACACAUUUCUCGUCGUUCCAAUACUAGUCUUUCAAGUACUGCUAGCGAACAAAUUGGAUGGAGACACUUCGUUCAACUAUACUACAGUCGCUGCACCCCUUCUCCUCUCGCAUGUGACGCUCAUAUUGAUGUCGUUCGGUGCUAAAGGCGGAAAUAGAUGGUGGUUUGGACUGCGAAAAGACUUUUGUCAUUUCCUCCUCGGUCUCUGUCCCCUCCUCCAGGAAUACGGAAACAUCUCUUAUCAAUCACGAACAGACCGCGAUCAGCCCCCAUCCGAGCCGAUGGUAUCCGAAAAAGGCGAGAAACACAUAAAGAAGAUCGAUCUAAUGAAGCCAGUCGUGCCUAUCGUAUCCAUAGACCUACCAGAUUGAUAUUUAAAAAUUUUUCGUUCUCCAUCCCAGCGAUAACAAUUUCUGUCGAGUCGCACAAGGCCGUGACAGGCUCUUUUCUAGAGAUUCAUCAGUUUCACAAGUCAUUUGUGAAAGCUGAAGACAGACUGACUGAUGUAUUCAAUAAAACAUCACGAUUUAAUAACUACAUCGAUGGGGGUAGUGAGAGGGUCUUGAUGACUCGAUAAAUUUUUUUGAAUUUGUUUCACGGCUUUAUUGGGGUUCUGCAUGAGGUCUUUUCAUCUGUUCAUACGAAUAUUCUGUUAAAAAUGCUAUUUUUUUUUAUUACAAUUUUUUGAGUUUUUGAAUUUUUUUCUCAAAAUUGGUAAAGGUGAUAAAUUUAAAAAAUAGUAACAUUCAACUGCAUCAUACAUCAUUGAAGGAAUUUUUUUUCAAAUUUUUCGAGUGUUUUAUUCAGAAUAUAACGAGAAAAAUCAUAAAACGAAUUGAAAAAAAUCAUACUUCAAUGAUUCACUAUGUACUUUAAUUGAAAUAUUUUUUAUGACUUUUCACCUGUAGAAAUUUCGAGAAAAAAAUUUAAAAAAGUGCGAAAAUUCAAGUCAAUCGAUUGAGAAUUGCGUCAUAAGGACACUUUUCAACUGAAUUAGUAAUUUAAAACUGAAUUAGCAAACUCAUCAGAAUGAUAAAUAAAGGCCCCUGCAAUUUUCCCGAGUAACUUCCGCAUUUUUCAGCAUAAAAAAAAAUACGUAUCCCGUAUUUAUUAUUAAACAUCACAUUUCCCAAUUUUUUGAAUGAAAAAAUUUCGUGCAGCAGCCUCACUGCAGGGUAGCCGUCUUGAUAUUGUACUGCCUUAUUUUACAAAAAAAAAAAUCGUCGAAUACGUUGGAACAGGGCACCUGUGACAAUUAAUAAUUAUGUUCAUGUAACCAUUUCGUUUAUCUUCGAAUGAUUAUUAUAUUUCUGUGGAAUCCGCUGUCCUCCAUCUCUAUUCAUUGAUCAAUUAAGACAUUAGUUCUAAUAAUUUCGACUUUUGAUUGAAGCUUUACUAAUAUAAAAGAACAGACUAAGCUGGUAUCAAAUAUUGUGUUAUCAACGUAUUCCAUUCUCUGUUAAUUAAUUUUUCUACUUGUCGAUGUUUUUUUACGCUUCUGAGGCUCCACGCGACAUGAAAAAUUUAUACAUAAUUUGAGUUGUGGUCGUGGACAAUCAUUUGUUGUUAAUUUUUCAAUGUACCAGCUAGUACAUAAGACUGAGAGCCUUGCGACAGUAAUCUAGUAUUAUCAGUAGAAUUAACGAGGGACUUGUGAGGAGUAACAUGAGUGUGGCAUCAAUAAUUGGUGGAGUUCAAUUGUGAGAAGUUCAUUAUUCAUUAGACACUGGUGUAACGGUAACUGUACAAAUAUCAUUUUGUAAAUAAUAACAUGAUUUGUAUGUAAAUAAUUUUAUGUACAUACAUAAUACAGCAUCUGUACACGUUUAUUGAUGAUAAAUGUGGGGUGGUUUAUGA